AUGACUCCGUGAUUGCAACGGCUACGUGUUGAUCCUUGAGUAAGUCUCUUUCUUCCCCAUUCACACCUCAACAGAAAAUCACACUUCCAAAUUCCAAAAAGACGCGCACAGAAACACAGAAAGAAACAAACAAACAAACAGUACUUCGUCGUUUCAAAUGCUCCUCUCUGUUCCUCCCUCCGCACAACCGCCAAUCCUCCGAUGAGGAGCGAUGACGAAGAAAGCGGCCCAACCUAUAGCGGUUCGCCGCGUACUCUGGCUGAGCUGGAAGCUCGUGGUCCUCGUCUCCGUCGCCCUUUGUGCCCUCGCUCUCCUCAGACUCCACUCUCACUCCGACCUGACCUCUUCUUUAUCUCGCCCGCGGCCUCGAAUUUAUCGCCAUAAAUUCGAGGGCACCCCCAAGAUCGCGUUCCUGUUUCUCGCGCGACGUAGACUCCCUCUUGAUUUUCUCUGGGACUCUUUCUUCGAGGGUGCUGACGUGGCGACCUUCUCGAUCUAUGUGCACUCGGCGCCGGGGUUCGUGUUCGAUGAGUCGACGACGAGGUCGCUGAUCUUUCGCGGGCGAGAACUGAAGAAUAGCAUUCAGGUGGGAUGGGGAGAAUCGACUAUGAUUGCAGCGGAGAAGUUGUUACUUGAAGCAGCUCUCGAGGAUCCAGCAAAUCAAAGAUUUGUUCUUCUCUCUGACAGUUGUGUUCCUCUGUACAACUUUAGCUACAUAUACAACUACGUGAUUUCUUCUCCAAGGAGUUUUGUGGACAGCUUUCUUGAUAAGAAGGAGGGCCGCUACAACCCAAAGAUGUCACCUAUAAUACCAAAGCGGAAAUGGCGAAAAGGGUCCCAGUGGAUCACUUUACUUCGAAGCCAUGCAGAAGUCAUUGUAGAUGACGAGGCUAUCCUUUCAGUAUUUAAGAAGUUUUGCAAGAGACGCCCCCCUCUAGAUGCAAGAAAGGGAAAGCUGAAUCUUAAACUUCAGAAGCAACAUAACUGUAUUCCUGAUGAACACUAUGUGCAGACAUUGCUUGCGAUGAGUGAUCUUGAAGGUGAACUUGAACGACGAACAUUGACCUACACCCAAUGGAACCAGUCUGCUACAAAAAUGGAGAAUAAAGGCUGGCAUCCUUUUACAUUCGACUUUGAAAAUGCUGGGCCUAAACAAAUCAAGGAAAUAAAGAACGUCAACCAUGUAUACUAUGAAACUGAGUUCCGAACAGAAUGGUGUCGUAGUAGUUCUACCCUUGUUCCCUGCUUUUUGUUUGCGAGGAAAUUUUCUCCGGGAGCUGCUUUUCGGCUCUUGAGCGACGGAGUGGUCCGUCGCACUGAUGCCUCCGAACUGUUAGAUUCACCCCCGUGAUUUAUGGCUAUGUUCUUACAUCUCUCUAACAAUCAAGUGACGCAAUUAGAAUUAUAAUUUGGGUAGCAAGAGGAAUGCCCACCAACGGCUUACACAUAUCAUACAUUACACACGGCAAAUGUUUUGACACUAGAGACUGAAAGAAUUGUAGCUGCGGCUGAUCAAGUUAUUUCCAGGGAAGAAGAGUUGCUGGGUCUAAGAGAUCGUAAGAGAUCUUAUUGGGUAGUUUUACUUGAUUGUAUUUUCACAGCAGUUUGAUCCAUUGCAUUCUCUACAAAGCUUAAAAUUUGUAGUUCGGUAAAAAAUUUCAUAUUCUAAAUGUUUGUUUUUCUUCAAAUUAAA